AUGGAAGACAGCGAUGAAGAAGUAGAAGUGUUGAGAAAAGAACUGGAAUGGCUGCUGAGAGACCAGGUGCAUCAAGUUCUGGAAGAAGUUCACGAGACACUUGUAGAAUGCUGUCGAAGAUUUUUGAUUAAAGCAAGUCCAGAUUUUUCAUUUGAGAAUGAGGAGGAGGUAACUCUCAAUCGACACGAUGAUGGAGAUAACAGCCUGGUUCAUUCCCAAAGGAUCCUUAUGUCAAGUCCAAAUGGAGGUAUCAACCAUGUAAAAUGUGUUAUAACACUGCUAGGGGACAGUAUAUGUGACGCAGAUAUAACCUUCAAGCACAAGCAUGGAAAAGACCACAGUCAGUUCCGAACAGGGUUUGGACAGGAGAGGGUCUGGAAACUACAACAGAUCCAGGAUGCCAGUAAUUUCCUGUACACUGCGAGACUUCGGGUUGAGGGCCAGGAAAAGGACCACACAUAUAAAACAGCCAAGGAGGUGAUACUGAUCCUUGAUGAGGUGAUGAAGAAUUUGUCUCAGGGCCGAUCCUGCUUAGCAUUUCCCAAACGAAAAUCUCUUGAUGAGCUUGUAAAUAAUGUAAAUAUGCAAAUGUUGUACCCUCAUGUGCCAAAUGAUGUAGCGCUUAGUUUCUAUGUACAUUCCUCUAAAUUGGUCCUGGCUUUAUAUCAUCUUCAUCUGAAUGGUCAGCAGAGAGUGGACAUCACCUCCAGGAAUCAGGUUGAAUGUACUAUACAGUGGCUAAAUGAAGCAGUGAUGUUGUUUACUCUUGCCCUCCAACAGUGCCAGCAGCUCAAAGAUAAGAUUGUGGUACUCCAGCCGUAUGAGAAAGUGUUAUGA